GACUGUUCGUGUGACCAAUAUACUUGAGCAUAAUGGAUGCCAAAUUUUUUCGCUUUCUUAAGAUUGUUGGUGUUGGAUACAAAGCCAGAGCAGAAGCAGAAGGCCGUCUCUUAUAUCUCAAGUUGGGAUACAGUCAUGAGGUUGAACUCACAGUGCCUCCUGCUGUUCGCGUUUUCUGCUUCAAGAACAAUGUUGUUUGUUGCACUGGAAUUGACAAGCAAAGGGUGCACCAGUUUGCUGCCUCUGUUCGUAGUUGCAAGCCUCCUGAAGUUUACAAAGGCAAAGGUAUAAUGUACAUUGAUGAAGUGAUAAAAAAGAAACAAGGGAAAAAGUCGAAGUAAUGGAAGCAAGAAUGCACAAGACUGAUAGUGAAUUACGUGUGGUGAGUAGUUCCUUGGUUUGAAGUACAAUUUUUUGUUCUGUAAAACCAAGUUAAAUUUAUGGUUUGAAAUGUAGGAACAAUUUAGAAGUAAAAAAUUUAAAUUAGUUUAGUUUUUUGCAAUGACAUAACUGGUGAUUCAACAAAGUUUCUGCUUGUCCGUUAGGGGCUUUAUUUUCAUUAGAUUAGAAAAACACCAAAAUGAACAUAAGGUUUUUCUUUCCCCUUCAAUUGACAUAGACAUUUGUUCUUUA